UUAAAGCAAUACUUGUGUUUUGGAAAACGUCACUGUAGUGGUUUGCUGAAUUUGUAAGGCCAGUGUGUAAAAGCAGGUUCUGUAAACUCUGAUUCCUGGGCCAGUAAACAGAAUUCAAGUCCUCAAUGUAAACGUAUAUUGCCUUCAGAGGUACUUAAGUCCUUUAGUCCAGCCACGGGAUCUUACAAGGAGAAAAGAGCAGGGCACACUUCACUGAAGGAUACGGAUUGAGGGUGAGAGAACAUGGCCAGGGCUUUGCUGUAUGACAGGGAAGAGCAGGUCACAUGAAGCGUGUGGUACUUUUCUUGGAGAAUCCGGACUUAGUUCUGUUUGUUCCCACUUGAGAAGCUACAGUUUAAUCCUGUUAUCCCCUAAGAGAUUAUAUAUAAUGGAGCUCAAGUAUUGAAGGCUUUAUUGGGUAAGAUUGCAUUGAUUUUUCACUAUUAGGGCUAACUAAUGUGAUUUGACUUGAUAAAAAGAAGUGGUUUUGUGUGUUUUGUGCUUUUACUUACUUGAUUUCUUCUUUCUUCCCUCCUCUCCUCCCUGUUACUCGCCUGUGAAAUCAUCUCGUCAGGGAUGCGCUGUUGUUGAAUUCAAGAUGGAAGAAAGCAUGAAAAAGGCUGCAGAGGUUUUGAACAAGCAUAGUCUUGGUGGAAGACCAUUGAAAGUGAAAGAAGUAAGACGUGCAUCUGUUCUUUCAGAUCCUGAUGGGGAACACGCCAGGAGAGCAAUGCAGAAGGUCAUGGCAGCAGCUGGUGGGAUGGGGAUUGGUCCUGGCCCGGGUGGUCCUGGCAUGAUCAACAUCCCACCCAGUAUCCUCAACAAUCCCAACAUCCCCAACGAGAUCAUCCAUGCCUUACAGGCAGGGAGACUGGGAAGCACUGUCUUUGUGGCAAAUCUGGAUUACAAGGUUGGUUGGAAGAAACUGAAAGAAGUCUUCAGCAUGGCUGGUGUUGUGGUUCGGGCAGACAUUCUGGAAGAUAAAGAUGGCAAAAGUCGUGGGAUUGGCACUGUCACUUUUGAGCAAGCCAUAGAGGCUGUUCAGGCUAUAUCCAUGUUUAAUGGGCAGCUGCUCUUUGACAGACCCAUGCAUGUAAAAAUGGAUGAACGAGCCUUUCCCAAAGGAGACUUCUUUCCUCCAGAGAGACCCCAACAACUCCCUCAUGGUCUUGGUGGUAUUGGCAUGGGAUUAGGACCUGGAGGUCAACCUAUUGAUGCAAAUCAUUUAAACAAAGGCAUGGGAAUGGGCAACAUGGGACCUGGAGGAAUGGGAAUGGAAGGCAUGGGCUUUGGAAUGAAUAAAAUGGGAGGAAUGGAAGGUCCUUUUGGUGGCAUGGAGAACAUUGGUCGCUUCCCAGCUGGAAUGAACAUGGGCAGAAUGAGUGAGAUGGAUCGUGCCAUGGGGGCAGGAUUUGAAAGAGAGUUUGGAAGAAAUGAAAUGGGAAUGUCUCGUAGUUUUGGAGAGACCUUGGAGAGAGGAAUAGGUGGUGGAAAUGCCAGCAUUCCUGGGAUUGAGAGGAUGGCACCUGGCAUUGAUCGUAUGGGCUCGGGAAUAGAAAGAAUUCCUUCUGGGAUGGGACACGGGAUGGAGAGAGUAGGGUCAGAAAUAGACAGGAUGGGGCUUGUUUUGGAUCGAAUGGGCUCCAACGUGGAGAGGAUGGGGUCAGGAAUUGACCGGAUGGCCCCUCUGGGCAUAGAUCACAUUGCUCCCAACAUUGAGAGGAUGGGUCCAGCUCUUGAGAGGAUGGGAUCUGGCAUAGAAAGGAUGGGAUCUGGCAUAGGAUUUGGGAUCGAGAGGAUGGGCGCUGCCAUCGACCGCGUUGGCACCACCAUGGACAGAAUGGGCUCAGGGGUGGAACGGAUGGGAGCUGGCAUGGAACGGAUGGGGAUAGGCAUGGAGAGAAUGGUCCCUGCUGGAAUGGGAACUGGAAUGGGGCAGGUGAUAGAGAGGAUGCCUGCUGGUCUGGAUCGCAUAGGAGCCACCCCCAUGGAGAGAAUAGGAAUAGAGCGGAUGGGAGCUGCUGGCAUGGAGAGGAUGGGCUUGGAGCGCAUCGGAGCCACUAACAUGGAGAGGAUGGGUCCUCCUAUGGGCCAGGGCAUGGGAGCAGGCAUAGAUCGAAUGGGACUUGCAAUGGGAAGCAAUUUUGAAAGACCCAUGGACAUGGAACGUGGCAACUUUGCAGGCAAUUUUGCAGGCUCCCUCGGAGGCGCUGGAGGACCUGCAGCUGGGGUGGCCAGGAAAGCCUGUCAGAUAUUUGUGAGAAAUCUGCCUUUUGAUUUUACAUGGAAAAUGCUGAAAGAUAAAUUUAAUGAAUGUGGCCACGUGCUCUAUGCAGACAUCAAGAUGGAGAAUGGCAAGUCCAAAGGUUGUGGGGUGGUCAGGUUUGAGUCCCCAGAGGUGGCUGAACGUGCCUGUCGCAUGAUGAACGGGAUCCAGCUCCGGGGCAGGGAGAUCGACGUCCGAAUUGAUAGGAAUGCUUAAGGAGUUGCCUUUUUAAACACUUGGAAAGACCUGAUUUUGUUGGGUUGUUUUGUUGUUUUGUUGGGGUUGUUUUAUUUUUUUUUUUUGGGGGGGGGGGGAAUUUGUAUUUUUUUUCUUGUUAUCACCCGUUUUAAUUUCGACUGGAUGUAAAAGUGUUUAAAAAAAGACCAACCUCCCUCCCCCUCCCUCUCCCCAACCAACCCAAUUCAGUUGCUUUUCUGGAGUAAUUUUAAUUACUUUUUUAAACAAAUGGAUUUCCAUUUUACUGGUUUUUUGCAUCGAAACUGCAACGUGCACAAAUCUCUUUUGUUUUGUAGUUGUGGCAUCUUGUUGACAUGACAGAUGUAACCAGGAUGACUUUGAUAAUAAAUGCAAGUUAAAGAUCUCAA